AUUCCAUACCAGAUGUUUGCAGUUUCCGUCCUUUCAUCUACCCCUCUCCAGUCUCCUCCACUUUUGUUGUUGUGGUUACUGCUGCUGCUUUAGUAUUGUUCUCUCUCUCUCUCUCUCUCUCUCUCUCUCUAUAUAUAUAUAUGUGGGUGGAAUUCCGGAGACACCAUUUCCUCUCUCUUUCUUGAUCUCUUUAGUUCAUGAUCCCAAAUUGGUGAUUUCAUCUGGGUUUUCCCUACAGAGACCCAGAAAGGCAGGAGACAAAAUAUCAGUCUGGUCCAAAAAAUGUACGAGGAGACUGGCUGCUUUGAUCCCAACCCCAUGUCGGAGGACGCAGUUGCUGUAGCGGUAGCAGAGGAUGGGUUUUCCCAAACGAUCCAAAACUGCACCCACAACAGUUUCGAAGACAAUCUGAGACUUUCCAUGGAGGAGCUCUCCUACCAGCACAACCAUCACAACCAGACUUCUAUUCAUGAUCAGGAUGCUGCUGCUGCUGCAGCCACUGCCAUGGAGAUUGAACUCCAGCAGCAUCUGGGAUUCAACAUGGACAGCUCCUACAACGGCCAAAACCACAGCAAUACCCAUCUCGUGGAUAGCUCUUACGGUGUCCAUGAGAUGGAUCCUUUCAACCAUCAUCACCACCAUCAAGAUCAGCAACAACAGUUGCAGCAAAUUGACAUUCAAAAUGGCCACCAAAGCUACGAUUAUUCUUCACUAUCAAACAGCCCUUACCCCCCAACACCGGACCUUCUCAAUCUCUUCCACUUGCCCAGAUGCUCAGCCUCCUCUUUACUCCCCAAUUCAUCAAUCUCCUUCUCAAACCCGGCACAGAAGACUACCGCUAGUUGUCAGAGCUCCCAGCUCGGCUUUCUAGGAGACAUUUCAACUGGGGCGGACAGCGCCCCUGGCGCCUCCGUUUUAUACGACCCACUGUUCCAUCUAAACCUGCCUCCGCAGCCUCCUUUGUUCAGGCAAUUGUUCGGCCAGUCUCUACCCAAUGGCUACAGCUUGCCAGGCUCAAGGAAUGGUUCCUUGUUUGGCACGGGAGGGGAUGAAAGAGAGGGAAAUGGAGGUGUGUACCAAGAUGGGGAUGUGAGGCAGUUUGAGAAUGGAGUGCUGGAGUUCAGCAGGGACAUGGGCUGCAUUAGAAAAGGCAGGGAUGGUGAAACCAAACACUUUACCACUGAGCGCGAAAGGAGACAAAACUGGAAUGACAAAUACAAGGCCUUGAGAAGCCUUGUCCCUAACCCUACUAAGGCUGAUAGGGCAUCUGUGGUGGGAGAUGCAAUAGAAUACAUCAAAGAGCUUCUGAGGACGGUGAAUGAGCUGAAGUUGCUGGUGGAGAAAAAGAGAUGUGGGAGAGAGAGGGGGAAGAGGCACAAAGCUGAAGGAGAAGACACGGCAGGGGAUGUGGAGAACUGCAACACGGAGCCUGUUGGUGAUCCUCAUGAUGGCCAAUCCUACAAUGGAUCCUUGAGGAGCUCAUGGCUCCAGAGGAAAUCUAAAGACACCGAGGUCGAUGUUCGUAUCAUCGACGACGAGGUGACCAUCAAGCUCGUUCAGCGGAAAAACAAUUGCUUGCUGUUUGUAUCCAAAGCCCUCGACGAGCUUCAGCUGGAUCUCCAUCAUGUCGCCGGCGGCCACAUCGGCGAUUUCUACAGCUUCUUGUUCAACACCAAGAUAUAUGAAGGGUCUUCCGUGUACGCGAGUUCCAUAGCAAACAAGCUCAUUGAGGUUGUGGACAGACAAUGUUGUACUGCAGCCAUGAAUAUUAAUCAACCAACCAGCAGCUAUUAGUUAUUAGCUGGCCUGGUUGUGGACGAUCAAAGAAGCAGAUGUCCGUCCAAGUCCGAUCGAUCUUCCGAGUUUUCAAUGUUCAGUAUGAUAUAUAGCGGAUACAUAUAUAUAAAUAUAUAUAUAUAUAUAUAUAUAUAUGGCAAUAUAUAUUAUAUUAGAUAAUAAAUAAAGUUGGUGGGGGAUCAGGACAUAUAUACAAGACUACUAUAUAAUUAAUAUACAUAUAUAUGCUUUCAAGUUUACUAUUCUUUUUAACUUCCAAAUUAGUUUGAUCUUGUGUAUAUAUGGCUUCUUUAGUUACCUGAACAUGAAUUAAUGCAUGGCCUAGCUGCAGGCUGGGUAAGCCAUAUUGUCAUAUCCAAUGUUGAUGGAUCAUAUGGAUUAAUGGUCUGGUUAAUUUGUU